CAGCGUCAGGAGGUGCCGGCGCUGCCGUCCCCCCGGCCCGUGACAUCAGUGCCGCCACCGCCCCGCGACCCGCCCUGCCCCGCCAGCGACAAAAGCGCCGGGCGGCCGCCGGCCCCAGCGGCUCCCGACAGCGGCAGCGGCACCGACACCGAACCCCGCACCGACCCCGGCACCGAGACCGGCACCGGCACCGACCCCGGAUUUGACACCGACCCCAACACCGCCCCGGUCCGGCCGCAGGAUGCCAAACUGGGGAGGAGGGAAGAAGUGUGGGGUGUGCCAGAAGGCUGUGUACUUCGCUGAGGAGGUGCAGUGUGAAGGCAACAGCUUCCACAAGUCCUGCUUCUUGUGCAUGGUCUGUAAGAAGAAUUUGGACAGCACCACUGUGGCCGUGCAUGGCGAGGAGAUCUACUGCAAGUCCUGCUAUGGGAAGAAGUAUGGCCCCAAGGGCUAUGGCUAUGGGCAGGGAGCCGGGACCCUGAGCACGGACAAGGGCGAGUCCCUGGGAAUCAAAUAUGAAGAGGGCCAGCCCCACCGACCCCUGAACCCCAACGCAGCCAGGAUGGCCCAGAAGGUGGGAGGAGCUGACGGGUGCCCCCGCUGUGGCCAGGCCGUGUACGCGGCCGAGAAGGUCAUCGGAGCUGGGAAGUCCUGGCACAAGUCCUGCUUCCGCUGUGCCAAGUGUGGCAAAAGCUUGGAGUCCACCACCCUGGCAGACAAAGAUGGGGAGAUCUACUGCAAAGGUUGUUACGCCAAGAACUUCGGUCCCAAGGGCUUUGGCUUCGGGCAGGGCGCCGGGGCACUGAUCCACUCACAGUGAGCCCCAGGGCUGAGCCCUGCACUCACCCAGGGCUCGUCCUGCGCUGCCUGCCCGCCCCACGCCACAGUGAGUGCCCCACUGUCACCCACUGUCGCCCCCAGCCACUGCUGCUUCGCAGCACCAGCCCCUCCUGCCCUGCCCCGGCGCUCCCCAGAGCUGGGGGGGGGGUCCCAGCAUUGUCCCUGUGGAGUCCUGCUGGGGCAGGGGGCACAGGGGGGCCACUCCCUGCCGCUGCAGAGAGGCCCCGGUGCCCAAGUCCUGCCCUGCGCUGCCCGUCCCGCUGGCCGUGCUCAGCCGUGACACCGAGCAAGCAAUAAAACAUCAGCGACAUCAGA